AUGGCCGACUCGGAAGCACAAGCAGACACUGAAGAUAUAUCAUUGGGUCGGAAACGAGCCCAAGAUGAGCCAGAUCCAAACCACGAUGCCUCCGAGCAUCCCGACCCCAUAUCCAACAGCGCGUCGACAGACCUAGCGCCAAAGAAAAGGCAACGCCGCCAGCCCCCUUCGAAGUCACAGGUAGAGACGCCGGAGACGGAAAACAGCGUCAGUGCCAGCUCAACCGCAGAGAAAUCUCUCAAAGGAAAACCCGCUCAACCGAAGCGAACUCCGUCCGCCCCAUGGCCCGAGGCGUUCAAGAGCCUCUCCCGGACACACCGCGCCCUGAACCUCGUGUAUACCUUCUGCUGCACGCGAAAGCACUUUGCCACCACAUUCGACAACAUUAAGAAUGCGGUGCAGGCGCAAUUGCAAGGUCAAGAGCUAACAGUGGAGGAUGUUGCGCGGGUGAAAGUCCUCGUGCCACGCGCGGUGCGCUUCGAGUAUGUCGAUGAAGCCAAGCUGGAGGUCAUGACGACUGGAGAGCGUGAAGCAGCACAAAUAGGCUUUGGAAGGGAUACACCCGGUGAUGCGGGCAUGCCCACAACAAAGACGCUCCUCUUCGAGCUGCUGGACGGAGAUCUGAAGAGACAAGUGAGGCAUCCGCAGACUGGGGAGCCAACCAAGCCCGUGCGGCGCAUGAAGAACGAGGAUCUGAAGAUGCCGGUAUACAGCCAGAAGCAGAUGCUAGACUUGAUCGAGAAGCGAAACAAGAAGUUCACAGAUGCAAUCGAUGCCUUUCUCGUCCAGUGCGAAGACGAAGCCGUCGACCCAGUCGAGAAACUGGAGACUGAAAAGAACGCCUGGAUUCCUCAGCCGCCGGAGGAAGAUACCCCCAUCACUGCACCCUCCACUCUCCCACAACAAAUCCCCAAAGAACGUAAAUCUAUGUCAGAGAUCGUGGAGGAGAUCCGCCAAAUGGACUGGUACACAGCGCAGAUCGUGCCUGAAGGACACCGAGUCUUCGACCCCCAGCCAGCCAUGUACGGCGAACUCACCUUCCCACUCUCUCAGAACCUAGUGAACGCCCUAUACAACACCAAAAACAUCACACAGUUCUACUCCCACCAAGCAGAAGCCAUCAACCACCUCCAAGCUGGCCACCACGUCAUCGUAUCCACCUCCACCAGCUCCGGCAAAUCCCUCAUCUACCAAGUCCCCAUGCUGCACGAACUCGAAAAGGACCCCUCCAGCCGCGGCCUAUACAUCUUCCCAACCAAAGCCCUAGCACAAGACCAACGCCGCAGCAUGCAAGAGCUCCUCCAAUUCAUGGACGGCCUACAAGGCACCCUAGUCGAGACCUUCGACGGCGACACUCCAAUGCCCAGCCGCAACCUCAUCCGCGACGAAGCCCGCAUCAUCUUCACCAACCCCGACAUGCUGCACAUUACCAUUCUCCCCCAAGAAGCCGCCUGGCGGACCUUCCUCCAGAACCUCAAAUUCGUCGUUGUUGACGAGCUCCACGUCUACAACGGCCUCUUCGGCACACACGUCGCCUUCAUCAUGCGUCGUCUCCGCCGCAUCUGUGCCGCCGUCGGCAACCACACCGUCCAAUUCAUCUCCUGCUCCGCCACCGUCGCUAAUCCUUCCCAACACAUGCACGCCAUCUUCGGUGUUGACCCCAACUCCAUCCAUCUCAUUGACUCCGACGGCUCCCCCUCCGGCCGCAAGGAAUUUCUCUGCUGGAACACCCCCUACAAAGACCCCAACGACCCCUCAUCUGGCCGCGCCGACAGCGUCACCGAAACAGCCCGCCUCUUCUCCCAACUCAUCCUGCGCGGCGCCCGUGUCAUCGCGUUCUGCCGCAUCCGCAAGCUCUGCGAAGUCCUUCUCCAAGCCGUCCGCACCGAACUCACCUCCCUUGAGCGUCCCGAAAUCGCCAACAUGGUUAUGGGCUACCGCGGCGGCUACAGCCCGCAGGACCGCCGCAAUAUCGAAAAAGACAUGUUCGAGGGCCGUCUCCUCGGCAUCGUAGCCACCAAUGCCCUAGAGCUGGGCGUCGACAUCGGCUCCCUCGACGCAGUCAUAACCCUAGGCUUUCCCUACUCCAUCUCCAAUCUCCGCCAACAGAGCGGCCGCGCCGGCCGGCGUAAUAAGGACUCCCUGUCUAUCCUCGUCGGUGACCGCUACGCCACAGACCAGCAUUACAUGCGUAACCCGGACGAACUGUUCACGAAACCAAACACAGAGCUACAAAUCGACCUGUCGAAUGACCUCAUCCUCGAAGCGCAUCUCCAGUGCGCGGCUUACGAAAAGCCCCUUUCCCUUGCCCUCGACGAAACCUACUUCGGUCCUCAGCUCCCUUCCCUCCUGGAAACCCGCCUCCUCCAAGAUAAAUACAUCCCCUCCCUCUACCACACCCACCCGCGCUUCCUCCCCUCUCCAUCCCGGUCCAUCGCCAUCCGCGAUACCGAGGACCAGCACUUCGCCGUCAUAGACACUACGAACGCCCGCAACGCCGUCCUCGAAGAAGUAGAAGCCUCCCGCGCCUUCUUCACCAUUUACGAGGGGGGCAUCUUCCUCCACCAGGGGCAGACGUAUCUCGUGCACGAACUAAACACAACGAUGUACUUCGCCCGCGUCUCCCGUGUCCAUGUGGACUAUACGACCCAGCAACGCGAUUACACUGAUAUCGACCCCAUCGAGACGGAGAACAUCCACUCAACCUCUACUUCACAAACCAAUACCAAAAGUAACCAUACCACCGUAAGUAAAGCCUACUUCGGCUCCAUCCUCAUCCACGCCGUGGUGUACGGCUUCUUCAAAAUCGACAAACGAGGGCGUAUCCUCGACGCCGUACCGGUGGACAACAACCCACCGAUCGACAUCCACACGAAAGGCAUGUGGAUCGACAUACCCCCCCUAGCUCUGGAAAUCCUCCAAUCAAGAAACCUAAACAUAGCAGCGGCGAUACACGCAGCCGAGCACGCGAUCUUAUCACUCUUACCGACCUUCGUGGUAUCUUCGCCCGGGGACGUGCGCACGGAAUGUAAGGUUGCGAAGAAGGAGUUGGGGAGGAAGUUACAAAUGGCUCCCCCUGCGAGACAGCGGCCCGCGAGAUUGACGUUCUACGAUGCCAAGGGGGGAGCCUGUGGGUCGGGGAUUGCGGCUAAGGCGUUUGAGUUUGUGGAUGUGUUGUUGGAAAGGGCUGUGAGGCGGAUCGAGGCGUGUGGGUGUGUGAUGCCGCAGGGGUGUUUGGAGUGUUGUUGUGAUGAGCGGUGUAAGGAGAUGAAUGAGGUGAUGAGUAAGGCUGGGGCGGGGGUGGUGCUGAGGUGUUUGCUGGGGUGGGAGGUGGAUGUAGAUGCUUUGCCGUGGGGGGAGGAGAUGGGGGUGGGAGUUGGAGAUGGUGUUGGGGAGUUGAGGGGGGGUUUGGAGACGGUGGUGCCUGCUGUUGAGGUGCCGGGGAGGGUUGGAUUAUCUAGAUAG